AUGGUUGACCUUUACCGUAGUGCGUACGAAGCAGCUCAGGUCCCCCCCAACCUUGCAAAGAUUGCCAACAGUCUGUCAACAUAGAAGUGGUGCUAGAUCUUGACUUCCCCGAAAAGGGUAAUUUUAUUUUUGCAAACUUCUUGAUCAGGAGGCUGACUUUUCCUUUAGCCAACGAAGUGUUCUUGAACAAUCUCGAAAACAUCGCCGAGCCCCUGAAAACAAACAGCGUUGCCUUAGAGAACCUUGACGUACUGUACGUCUUCCUUAUAUGAGGAGUUUUAUAUCUGAAUGUCCAUCUCUAUUGACAGCAUUGGAUACAGCUGCUUAUGAGAUUCUCGGCGUCCGUCUGCGAACUGAAUUCGAAAACUCCAAUGUCACGACAGAUCCGAUUGAAAUCGCGUCACUAAUCGCAGGCUAUCUCUGUUUUCUCAUUCCUGCUGGUUAUAACUACAUUCCUCCGCUGGCUCAGGUUCAUGAGGAAGUGGUAGCACCUACUCAGCCGGAAAUCAUUGUCAAUACCUCUUUGUUACCGUUUCUAAUCUCGCGAAUUCGAGUCUCAUCGAAAACAGUUUAUUGAUAGCCCUGAGGCUCUGUGGGAUCUUUAUUAUUGUUUGUGAUGUGAUAUAAGCAUAAGAUGAGAAGCAAAGUUUGGACUGACUUCUUCUAGAUAGUCCCGCGGUAUCAUGCCCAAUAGGGUGGGCGAUAGCUGGUACAGCUAAAAAUACCUUUGGGGGGGUGGAUAGCACUUACUUGACGAUUGGUCUAGAAACAACUGCUGUCCUCUGUUGUCCUUCGUAUGUUUAGUCUGAUGAAUCAGUCACCUCUAUAUUUCUCAUGACUGAUCUUUUUCCACAGUGGCUUUACAAGCAAAGAUUUUAAUCACCAAUGCGGAUCCUCGUUUCCGGCAGGGCAGAAUACAAUCUCGUACAGAGCGCCUGUGUUAAAAAAUGGCAACUGGGACAUACCAAGAGAUCUAAGUACGGUAUAUCGUACCAUUACGGGCACAGGUGAUUGGACUGUAUUCGGAGAUGGGAUACCAAUCUGGUUCCAGUCAUCCGACAAAGUGGCUUUCACUGCAUCCAAGACAUCGUCCACUACCUCGCCAACAAGCACAUCAGUUAUUUCGUCAUUGACAACGACAAGUCUACCAACCACUUCACCGCUCGUCCCUGUCCCUGAAAACUCAACAGAUUCCGCCCAAGCUUCAUCCCGGUUAUCCACAGGCGCAAAAGCGGGAAUUGGGAUUGGCGUUGCACUGGGCGUCCUGGGGUUGGCAGCAAUCGUUGCUUUCUUUCUAUAUAAGUGCAGACAACGUGCAACAUACAAUGAUGUCAAAAGGCGUGACUUACCAGGUCACGAUCCAAAGAGCUCUCCAGUGCAUGAUCUAGAGAGUUAUCGCGGCACAAUCCACAGCGAGUUAUCGGGGCAAGACCAGCAGGUUGUACAUGAUUUACCAGACGGCGCGGGGAAUCAACGCUUGAUGGAUAAUUACAAAUAUCCUAGAACAUGAUUAGGCGACAAUUACAGUGAGGGAGGACGCACAGCACAUUCGCUCGCAGCCAAAUUGCGGCCAAUCUGAAACCUUACUAUGGUUUCUACGCGCAACUUGGCAUAUGAAAUGGCAGUUGAACUAGAUUAUCACACUAUAGAGUUGGUUCUAGCCUACGAUGCCUACGAUGCCUUCACCUUAUGAAGGUUUACAGAUCUGGGUGGAGGAAAAGUGCCAAAGAAGAAGCACCAUAACUGGAAGGAAUCAACAACGAGAACCGACAAUGCCCGAAGCUACUCUAGAUAUUGAGAGACCGAGGGACUAACAGAAACGACGGGUUGUUUGGUUUUACUGUCUUCGCUUCUUUUUGAUGUAUUAAUGAGGUUGGUUUUGACGAGUAUAUAAUACUAUUCCACGAUAUGAUGUGUUGCGUACCCAUGGUACUUAUUUUAUUGAUGUACCUGGAACUCGCAUGUCCCGUCCGAAAAUUUCA